CUGCGGGCGCGCCGCUCUCGGCGGAUGAGGGGUGAUGCAGGUACCCCUUUCCGCGCUGGAGUCUGUGGCGGAUACUAUGGAGCCGACCCCGGAUGUGUCUCCUGGGCCUUCCCGAUCUUUCAAGGAGGAGCUGCUGUGUGCCGUGUGCUACGACCCCUUCCGCGACGCGGUGACUCUGCACUGCGGCCACAACUUCUGCCGCGAGUGCGUGAGCCGCUGCUGGGAGGUGCAGGUGGUGCCGGCCUGCCCGGUGUGCAAGGACCGUGCGUCGCCGUCCGACCUGCGCACGAACCACACCCUUAACAAUCUGGUGGAGAAACUGCUGCACGAGGAGGCCGAGGGCGCGCACUGGACCGGACGCCACUCCCCGCGCCUCUGCCGCCCGCACCGCGGCCAGUUGAGCCUCUUCUGCCUCGAGGACAAGGAGCUGCUGUGUUGUUCGUGCCAGGCCGACCCGCGGCACCAGGGCCACCGCGUGCAGCCAGUGAAGGACACUGCCCUCGAUUUUCGGGCCAAGUGCAGGAACAUGGAGCAUGCGCUGCGGGAGAAGGCCAAGGCCUUUUGGGCCAUGCGGCGUUCCUAUGAGGCAGUUGCCAAGCACAAUCAGGUGGAGGCUGCCUGGCUGGAAAGUCGCAUCCGGCAGGAGUUUGGCAAACUGCGUGAGUUCCUGAGAGUGGAGGAGCAGGCCAUUCUGGACGCCAUGGCCCUCGAGACCAGGCAGAAGCAGCUUCUGGCUGAGGAGAAGAUGAAGCAGCUCAGAGAGGAGACGGAGGCGCUGGCCCAUGAGAUUAAGCGUCUGCAGAUGGAGAUGAAGGAAGAUGAUGUUUCUUUUCUCAUGAAACACAAGAGCCGAAAACGCCGACUCUUAUGUACCUCGGAGCCGGAGCCUGUGCAGCCCGACAUGCUCAUUGAUGUCUGCAAGUAUCUGGGCUCCCUGCAGUACCGUGUCUGGAAAAAGAUGGUCACGUCCGUCGAAUGUGUGCCCUUCAGCUUGGAUCCCAACACGGCGGCCGGCUGGCUGUCCGUGUCUGAUGACCUCGCCAGCGUCACCAACCACGGCUACCGCGUGCAGGUGGAGAACCCGGAGCGCUUCUCCUCGGCGCCCUGCCUGCUGGGCUCCCGCGUCUUCUCGCAGGGCUCCCACACCUGGGAGGUGGCGCUGGGGGGGCUGCCGAGCUGGCGAGUGGGCGUGAUGCGCAUCCGGCAGGACUCGGAGAGCCACUCACACAGCUGUUACCACGACACGCGCUCGGGCUUCUGGUACAUGUGCCGCACACAGGGUGUGGAGGGGGACCACUGCGUGACCUCGGACCCCACCUCGUCGCCGCUGGUCCUGCCCAUCCCGCGCCGCCUGCGCGUGGAGCUGGAGUGCGAGGAGGGCGAGCUGUCCUUCUAUGACACCGAGCGCCAGUGCCACCUGUACACAUUCCACGCCUGCUUCGGGCCCGUGCGGCCCUACUUCUACCUGGGCGGCAUGCGCGGGGAAGGGCCCCUGGAGCCCCUGCGCAUCUGCCCUCUGCGUGUCAGCGUCAAGGAGGAACUGGACAGCUGAGCCCCUGGCGCGCCCUUGUGCCACCACCUGUUUCUUCUGCCCCUUCCCGAGGCCCACAGUGCUCUGGGCACUGCUCUUCCCGGCCUCCUUGCCGGGGUCUUCCUCCUAUCCUAGCUGGUCAUUUCCAGCGACUCCAGCCUCUGGCCUCUUUCUCUGGUCGCUUCUCUGCCGGCUAUAGAGCCAUCCAGGAGGCCCCUGGUUGGGCUGCACUCUCUCCACAAGUCCUGGCACCUUCAGGAUACGAUUUUUCUGAAUCCUUAUUGCAGGAUUUCCAGGGAUAAUGUUUGCUUCCAGAAUGGGACUGUUUUAAAAUGCAGGUUUUAUUGUUAUCCCGGUAUGGUGAGACCAGCCGAUCUGAAGAGGACUGCCAUGUUUCUCACAGUUCCCUGGAGGAGGGGGAAGGCCAGGAAAGCACCCAGUUGGUCAGGAGGUGGCAGUGAGGAGCAUGUGGGCCAGAGCUGUACUGUGAUAGUCUCAGGAAGGAGCGGCAGGGCAGGGUGGACAGCUCAGGAUGGACUGAUUGUCUGAUACUGGCCUGGAGCGUGAUUACGAGAGGUGGUGGGGUACGGCUUUGGCUGGCUUGGCCUGCUGCCGCCUAGGUGUUUGCUGUCCUACCCAGGGGCUAGUCUGGGAGGGGCAGGUCCUCCAGUGCCAGAGCAUCAGGAAUACAGUAAGGAAGAAAAUGCAGUGACUAUGGGGCUGUCCACAGCCGCGGACAGGGCUCAGGGCUCAGCUUGUCUUUUACUUUAUGUCAGUAUUUUAAGACCUUGCGAUGGGUCCUCCAUUCCCAUUGGAUCAGCUCUGAUUUAUGUUUAUAGUUCUUGGAUGAUUUCCUCUGAACAGAGAGUUCUAGAGCACUUAAAAACAAUUUUUUUUAAAACAGUGAUGUCCGCCUUAUUCCCCCUCUGGGCCUCAGAUUCCUCCCUGGUACAUGAGCUGGGAGGGCAAGGACGGCCUUCUGUAAUUACUACGGUUAAUGCUCACAGUCUGACAAAGGAAGGAAGAGAGGGCCCUUUUCAGCGAGGAGGAAAGGAAAGGGAUGUGCUUGCGGGAGGCACAGUUGUUGUGGCCCUAGACACUGUGGGAGAGGCGAGACAGGCAGGUGUCGCCCGGGGGCCUUGCCACUUUCUCAUCUCUUCAACCUGCUCCGUCUUGCUUCUGCUCCUUGCAUUUUCAUCCCAAAUUUCUCCUUCCUCCCCUGUGCCUGCAGACUCCAUAUCUGUGCUUGUUUGCUCUCACACGUGCCUCCAGAGAGUAUUUAAUUUUCAAAUCACUGUGGUAAAAAGAAAUAUUUUCCCAUUAGAGCAGUGUUAAAAUUGCAGCACAUUCCUGGCCAAAGUCUCAGGGUCCCACCUCCUGCCUGUACCCCCAGUUCACAAUAGACAUAUAAAACAAAUUAUGGCUCAUACUUGUUAAUUGGUGAUAAAUGUGUCCUUACCUUGGUUGCAAAACAAGUAGGACCAGGGAGGAAAUGCCACCAUGUGAAGGGGGUGGGGCUGGGAGUGGUGAGGCUGUUGGCCCAGGAGCACAUAUGCUGGGGGGAAGAUCCUUCAGAUACUUUGGUAGCCACAGGUGUGGGCACUCUCUGCUACAAAGUAUCCAGCCCAUCAAAUAGAAUGUCUUUAUAAUAAACUUGACCUGAAAUUAUUUGGUCAAUUAUGGUAAACUUUUUGUUUUUUAACUUGGGUCAUGGUAUGCAUAUAAUAAAGUUUUAAAAUUUUUUCUUAUUUUUACCUUAGAUGUUAGAAAAGGUUCUUUUUUUCUGAAACAGGAUAAUUUAAAUAGCCUAGGCCUCUUUAUUAAAAAAAAAAAAGAUAUUUGAGCUAAAACCCUUUAUGCCUUUUGACAUUUUCCUUUGAGUGUUUGUAUAAACAGAAGUUCUUCCGUGUUGUAGCAGGUGUUUGCCUUUAUUCUGUUCUAUUGUUGGGUAAUGUUCCAUUGUGUGGGUGAUAUACAGUGUUACCUUUUAUAUAUCUGUUGGGCAGUUGAUGGACAUUUGGGUUGUUUCUGUGUUUCAACUAUUGCGAAUAUUGUUGCUACGAACAUUCAUGUACAAGUUUUUGUAUGAACAUGUGUUUUCAGUUCUUUUUGGUGCACAUGUAGGUUUGCUGAAUCAUACGGUAACUGCUGAACUCCUUGAGGAGCUGCCAAGCUGAUUUCCAGCGCAGCUGCAGCAUUUUACAUUCCCGUGAGCUGGGUGUGAGUGUUCUGAUUUACAUUCCCGUGAGCUGGGUGUGAGUGUUCUGAUUGCCCCACGUCCUUGUCAGCACUUGUUAUUUUCUGCCUUUUAACUUAGCCAUCCCCGGGCGGGGGGUGAAGUAGUAUCUCACUGCGGUUUUGAUUUGCAUUUCCCCGAUGGCUGAUGGUACCAAGCAUCUUUUCUUGUGCUUAUUGGCCAUUGGUAUAUCUUCUCAGGAGGACUGUUUUUAAUACCUUUGCUCAUUUUUCAUGGGGUUGUCUUUAUUAUUAGAGUUGUAAGAAUUCUUAUAUAUUCUAGAUAUUUGUCCCUUUAUCAAACAUGUGAUUUAUAAAACAAUUCUCCCAUUCUGUAAGCUAUUUCUUGAUGCUGUUUUUUUAAACACUAAAGUUUUUAAUUUUGACAAUGUCCAGUUUUUAUUUUUCUUUUGUUGUUUAUAUGUCUUAGAAAUCUUACUUUCAACACUGCCCUUAAGUUCAUAUAUUCUAGUUAAUUUCUGGGCUUUGGCUCAGGGAUGGGGCAGUCACUCUGUUGGCAGGAAGCCCUAGUCUAAGAGUCUGUUCGUUCUUCCUUAAACCCCCUCCUGCCCUCGCCGUCCACCCAGCCCAUCUCAUGCCCCUUCUCAUUGCUGGAUUGGGCAUAGGAGCAGCUCACCAGCAGCUCCCAGUCUCUAGUCCCAUCUGCUGCUGACUCCCAUGUACUGCAGCCAGAUGCCCCAUCCACCUGCCCCCCCAGGGACGCUGCUUCUGCCCUGCCAUGGUGCGUUCCUCCAGGACAGCUCUCAUAGUUGUCCUGCCCUGCAUUCCUCCAGGACAGCUCUCACGGUUGUCCCCCCCAGCUCUGUCUUUGUUCCUAUAGUUUCCUGACUUCCAUCACACGUGCCGUUCCAGUCAGUCCAGGGUCUAGGGGACUGUUGUCAUCAGAACAUCCUGACAUCAGUCACUCUGGCUUCUGGGCAGAUUGGCUCUACCACUUUCAUGCCACAUCCCCUUGGGCUCCCUCUUCACCUGCCCUCUUCAUCUGCUCCUUCACCGCGCCUCCGAAGGUGUGCUAUCAUGUGCUGAGCCAUGGAGCAGGAGCACGCCAGGGCCCCUCUCUGACCUCCUGGCUCCCUUCACUUCCACGUCGGCCACCAGUUAUUAGCUGGUCAGGAUUCCGUGCUCAAGAGCCCUUCCUUUCUUCCUUCCUCUUGCUGGGGGAGGAUGAAAUUUCUCUCAGCGAUUUGGCGGUGGGUUCAAUAUCACAACAAUGGGAGUCUUUCACAGUCCAUGUGGUUCAAGAUGGGGCCGUGGCAGGGAGUCUCCCAGCUCCUCAGGUUGACAUGCCAGAGCCCUCCCCCUCGAUGCUGCCACUGUUGUCAACAUUGUUACACACAGCCUUCACGGGCACAUUCCCCUUGUCCCCAGCCUGCAAUGUCUGGUGCCUCCCAUCCUCCUCCUCGUCUAGCUGGUUCCCCUGACUGCUGUACAUCAUCCAUCCUGCUGGUCACAGUCCUCACUGUCUCCUCCACAUAGAGGAGGGGGCAGGGACCGAACUGUCUUCCCUCUUUAGUCCCAGAUCCAGAGGUGUCAUAUUUAGGACUCUAAUAAGUGACCACCGAGGCUGUGCCUAGUUGGAGAUGUGCCCUGCAGGUCAGAGGGCCUGUCCUUGAAGGCUCCACUCGUCAGGGAGGAGAAAAUGGCUUGAAACCUGAAAUCCAGAUUCUUGGAUCCAGAUACCAGCUUCGUGAUGACGAGCUACCCAAGCCUCCAUGGAGUGAGGGCUGUAGUAUCUACCUCAGAUAAUUUCUGGUAAAAAUGCCAAGCGUUAUGUCCCAAACCUACUGUGGGAUUAAUACAUUCUGGCCUGUUACUCAGAAAAUCGGAGAUUCUGAAUGUUGAAUUUCUGAUUAACAAUAAUGACGCGCCCCAAAGAAAGGCGAGAAAUUGAGAAAUAUAAGUUAUUUAUGUUGGGCACGCUCAGAAUUCUUCAGGUUUUUAACAGGAAUGUGUAUAGAAAACUAAACAUUUAUGGGAAAUUUUGGUAACGCGAGAGAAUGGUUUUGUUGUAAUAACUGAGAAUAAUAGUUGGAAGUUACAGGCACAGACGUGAAACAUAGGGAAAGGUGAGCAGCUGCUUGUCCUCAACUAGUGUUGUUGGAUAAGAUAAUCUGUUUACCUGGCUGUGAACCCAAGGGAAAAAAUAUACGAGAACAAUCUCUUUUCCUCCUGCACGAACACUCAACUUCCCUCCUUGUAGGCGACCCGUAGCAC